AUGGAUAAGCAAGUGUGUAGAACGCUCAUUGCUCUAACUAACUCGUUUUCCAACAAAUUGGGCAGUAACAAAGAAUAUCAAAUUAUUAUUAAUGGAAACAUUUUAAGUGGGUAUUGUAGUAGCAAUAACUGUAUUAGUGAUCUCGAAAAAAUUAAUGCUGGAUGUUUAUAUUUGCUUGAUGCAUUCUUUAAGGAUCCUGAUUUGUUUAAGUCUGUUGCAAAAAGUAACAUCGAUAUUGUUGAAUACAUUAUCAUAUGGUUAAGUUAUAUGUUAAGCCUAAAGAAACAAGUAGGAAAUACAAGCAAUUUACAAUAUUUUUAUAAUACAUAUAUAAAUAAUAAUAUGUAUAAAAAGUCUAUAACUGGUGUUGAACAAUAUUAUAAAAAUUAUAAGGAUCUUAUAGAUAAAACAAAAAAUUUGAUAAAUAUGGAUAUGAGCAAUAUAUCUGAAUUAUAUGAUGCAUUUAAAAUAUUAUGCAACAUGUAUCUUGAAUUUGAUGAAGAAAGUCCAAAUUGCAAUAAACAUUCGGGGAAAGCUAAUGAAUUUGUUGAAAAAUAUAAAAAAAUUAAGGAAGAUCCUAAUGUUAUUGAAGGUAGUCCAUAUUAUAAAUUAUUGUCUACACUAUCAAAUGAUUAUGAUAAUUUAAAAAAUAAAUGUGAUAGUUUUCCACCACUUUCAUCAAUAGAAAAAACAAAAAAUAAUGUAAAUUUGUCUGAACGAACUGAACAAAUUUCUCAAGAUGCAUCAUCAAGUUCGUCGACAACAAACAAAUUAUUUAUAGUUUUAUCAAUAUUUGGUGCAAUAGCAUUUUUUUUAGGAAUUUCUUAUAAGUAUUCGUUAUUUGGAUUUCGGAAACGAUUUCAAAAACAAAAAUUAAGAGAAAAGCUAAAAAAUAUAAAGAAGAAAAUGAAUCAAUAA